CGCCUUGAUAUUUUUUCUAAAACCCAUAAAACUUACUGCUUAUUUGCAUGUUGAUAAUGAAGAAAAUUCAAGAUCUUGAAAGAAUAAUUAAAUGCCGAUUCGUUCGUUCCUCACAAGAGUUUGUUUAUGGGAGUGUGUGAAGGAGGAGACUGGAGUGUAACGUGAAGAGUGUUGCUCCUCAUCCGGAGUGACGCGUGACUCCAGGCCGGUUGUUGCGGCAGCAUCAUCUGUAGGAGGAGGUGUAGAAGAUAGAGGGGGGAUACAGGGGGUACAGAGGGGUACAGGCACUCCUGCAGGCUCAUUCCAGUAGCUCACAGGUACACGCGCACCGAUCCGGAGCUUCGUCUGACUCGCGCAGCGCGCGCGCACGCACCUACUCACCGAAAUUAUUAAAUUAAAUAAUGAAUGGAUCGAGCGCGUGUUGAGACAAAGUAGAAUGAGAGUCGAUGUGUCGCAGUCACUGAAGAUUUGAUGUUUGGACUUGUUUGUGGAGGUUUUCAGUCAUGACGAACAGACGGGAAUAUGAGGAGUACUGGAGCGCGAGGAUGCUCGUGUCUCUUCUCUGGAUUCACAGCUCGGUCGGGAUGCCGCAUGUCAUACGGAUCGGAGGGAUUUUUGAACAAACUGAUGGACCGGUGGCUCUCGUGAGCUCUGAGGAGCUGGCCUUUAAAUUCGCUGUUAAUAACAUCAACAGAAACAGGACAUUGUUACCCAACACAACGUUAACAUAUGACAUUCAGCGGAUUAAUAUCUACGACAGCUUUGAAGCUUCCAGGAAAGCAUGUGACCAGCUGUCUUUAGGUGUUGUUGCCAUAUUCGGGCCGUCUCACAGCUCAUCAUCAAAUGCCGUCCAGUCAAUCUGCAAUGCCCUGGAAGUGCCACACAUUCAAGUGCGAUGGAAACAUCAUCCGAUGGACAACAGAGAUACGUUUUAUGCCAACCUGUAUCCCGAUUACUCUUCACUUAGCUACGCUAUCUUAGACCUGGUGCAGUUCCUCAAGUGGAAGACAGCCACUGUGGUUUAUGAUGACAGUACAGGUUUAAUUCGACUUCAGGAGUUAAUUAUGGCUCCGUCCAGGUAUAACAUCAGACUGAAGAUCAGACAGCUUCCGCUGGACACCACGGACACCAGACCUCUACUUAAGGAAAUGAAAAGAAGCCGAGAGUUUCGCAUUAUUUUUGACUGCAGCCACAUAAUGGCAGCACAGAUCCUCAAACAAGCCCAGAUGAUGGGAAUGAUGACAGAGUACUACCACUACAUCUUCACCACUCUGGAUCUCAUGGCUAUAAACCUGGAGCCGUAUCGCUUCUGCGGUGUCAAUAUGACCGGCUUCCGUAUCCUGAAUGUGGACAAUCCUCAGGUUGCCUCCAUAGUGGAGAAAUGGUCCCUUGAGAGACAGAUUCCCCCGAAACCAGACUCUGGCCUCCUGGAGGGGAUCAUGACGACAGAUGCUGCUCUGACGUACGACGCGGUCCACAUCGUGUCGGUGUCUUACCAGCACGCCCCACAAAUGACUGUCAACUCACUGCAGUGUCACCGGCACAAGCCCUGGAGAUUCGGCGGCCGCUUCAUGAGUUUCAUUAAGGAGUCUCACUGGGACGGCCUGACAGGACGGCUGUGCUUCAACAGGACCACAGGUCUGCGCACUGACUUUGAUCUGGACAUCGUGAGUCUUAAAGAGGACGGCCUUCAAAAGGUGGGGAAGUGGAGCGCAACCGGCGGUCUGAACAUCACUGAGGUCCCCAGGCAGAAUGGCAUGAAUAUCACAGACUCCCUUUCCAACCGCUCGCUGGUCAUCACUACUAUCCUGGAGGAUCCAUACGUCAUGCUGAAGAAGUCUGACAAGGCACUGGUCGGCAAUGAUCGCUUCGAGGGCUUCUGUAUCGACUUGCUUAAGGAGCUGUCCAGCAUUCUGGGCUUCUCAUAUGAGAUCCACCUGGUGCAGGAUGGAAAGUAUGGUUUCCAAGAUGACAAAGGCCAGUGGAAUGGAAUGAUAAAGGAACUCAUGGAGCAUAGAGCUGACCUGGCCGUGGCUCCUCUUACAAUCACUUUUGUCCGUGAGAGAGUUAUUGACUUCUCCAAACCUUUUCUAAACACUGGCAUCAGUAUCCUGUACCGGAGACCCAACAGCACCAACAGUGGCUUCUUCUCUUUUCUGAAUCCUAUGACCCCUGACAUCUGGGUCUACAUCCUGCUAGCAUAUCUGGGGGUCAGCUGUGUGCUAUUUGUCAUCGCCAGGUUCAGCCCAUACGAGUGGUACGACGCCCAUCCGUGCAACCCAGGAUCUGAUGUGGUAGAGAACAACUUCACGCUUCUCAACAGCUUUUGGUUUGGCGUGGGCUCCCUUAUGCAGCAAGGUUCAGAGCUGAUGCCCAAAGCCCUUUCUACCCGAAUCAUUGGGGGAAUCUGGUGGUUCUUCACCCUCAUCAUCAUCUCGUCAUACACAGCAAACCUUGCUGCUUUUCUCACUGUCGAGAGGAUGGAUUCACCCGUGGACUCGGCUGAUGAUCUGGCCAAACAGACCAAAAUAGAGUACGGGGUGGUUAAAGAUGGAGCCACCAUGUCCUUCUUUAAGAAAUCAAGAGUGUCCACGUUUGAGAAGAUGUGGGCUUUCAUGAGCAGUAGACAGAGCACAUCCUUUGUCAAAUCUAUUGAAGAUGGCAUUCAGAGAGUACUGAAGUCUGACUACGCCCUGUUGAUGGAGUCCACCACCAUCGAGUAUGUGACCCGCAAGAACUGUAACCUCACACAGGUCGGUGGCAUUAUCGACAGCAAAGGUUACGGCAUCGGCACACCCAAAGGUUCUCCGUACAGGGAUAAAAUCACUAUAGCUAUCCUGAGUAUCCUGGAGGAUGGUCGUCUACACAUGCUGAAAGAGAAGUGGUGGAGCGGCAGCAGUUGUCUGGAGGAUGAGCGGCACGAGACUGGACCAAUGAGCAUUCAGAAUCUGGGUGGUAUCUUCAUCAUCCUGGCAUCUGGUCUUCUUCUCUCUGUGUUUGUGGCUAUAGGAGAGUUCAUUUACAAACUGAGGAAAACUGCUGAGCGUGAACAGGUCUUUCUGCAGUGCAGUGGUGGACGAGAUCAAACUGUCGUUCACGUGCGAGAGACGAGUGAAACACAAACCCCGGCAACGGCCGUCGCCCGAGCCGAAGACGCACGCGGCGAUCAACAUGCACUCCUUCAACGACCGUCGCCUGCCAGGAAAGGACAGCUCGAGCUGCAACAGCGCGAUGACGCCCGUAUUUCCAUGACGUGCCUGGGCGACGGGCACUUGAGGCACGUCCCGGGUGGCGUACCCGAGAACAGGGACUACGGGCCCGAGAUGAUCACCGCAUUCACCAUCAACCGCAGAGACAUCCGACAUCAAACGAGCAGUCAGAACGGAGGCAGUAAACCGGGUAGCGAGCACAUCCUCAAACCAAUGUAUCCCACCAUGCCGUUGAGAGAGGGCGGCCGAUCCGUGUCCUUCCUGUAAGAGCCCGAGAUCUCCCAAACCGAGUCUGAUGUUUACAAACGGCACUAGAACGCAAAGCUCCCGAACCCCAACUAAAUGAAAAUCUAGGUUUCACACCGCGAUGGACCUGACGAGGCUUUCUGAAGCAUGGCAAUAAAUGAAACUACAGAUUAAAGGGAAUCAGAUUUCUUUUAUAGCACAUCGAUUCAUUUUAAAGAGUUCUGAUCGUUUCCGCUCGCGUGGAAAUCCUGUGGCUGAUGUUUUGCGGUGUGUUUCGGCGGAGGCCACAAAAUUAAACGACGUGCUCUCGACGGACAGUAACAACGGCGGUCGAGAAUCUGAGAAAACCUUUACAGCCGCCUGUGUUCAUGGAAAUGCACAAAAAUAAACAGGGUUGAGUCACCUCAAUAAAUUAAAAUAUGAAGAACAAUUCCUUUCCACGGCCCGUAAACUCAUUGCGCAGUGCUUACAAGUGAGACUUGCAGCCAUUUUGAUUGAUUUGUGCUUCAUACUUUGCCAGCAGAUGUUUUUUACACAGCAAGAUCUAACGGUAAUGACAGAUAAACACAACGCUUGCCAAAGAUCUGUCGACCAAAUGGAUUCAGACACUUGAAACGCAGUUUUCCCUGCAAACGAGAAAGCGAAUGACAUCUCGACUCCAUUGUUUGUUCAAUUUUGAGUUAUUCCUGAACAUCAGACCUCCUUUUCGGAUCAAGAAUUUUCCCUUCACAAAGUACGUGGAGUAUACCGAGGCUUCAAACGCUGGGAUAUGAAUCCAGAAUACAAGAGCUGGAAUCUCUCUUCUGUAAGUGCUCUGAUGUACAGAGUUCAUAGGAGGCGUGGCCUUUGUCAAAUCAUUAAAUCAAAAGGAAAUGAUGUUUUUAUCCCAUCUGCCCUUGUUGUUGUCUUUGAUUCAUGAAGAAAUAAUGAAGGUGUUUCUGUACUACUGUUCCAGAAGCAAACACAACUAAUUGUUUACUCGUUCUCGUGUCAUUGUUAAACUCCUGUCAAACAAGAGACCGAAAAUCAUUUAAGUUGUUAUUCGCAAAUGACCUGACCUUCUUCGUUUAGGGUUGCAUUUUCACGAUAGGUGACAUAACAGCUAAGAAAUGCAGAUGAGCUCCGAAUGAGGUGAAGAAAAUGAGCAAACCCUUUAAUAAUGUUUACUCAUCAACCUUUUUUUCUUUAUCGGUCAAUGUAAAGGUACUUCAGAAGUGAAAUGAAAGGAUCCUAACCAGUUGAAUGAUCAGUACCAGUGAUUAUAACCUCAGUUGUGAUAUACCAUCAGUUCAGAUUCAGUCCUCUACAGCAGUAGGAUGUCUGUGAAUGCAUAUCGGUCAAAGUAUAAUGUGAGGUGAAUCGCGUUGAAAGGUGUAAGUUUAGGGUAAGGGCCAAGUCAAAAACCCAUGUUUUCUAUAUUUAAGUCUUAAUAAACAGAGACCUAGACAGAGCAACAUGGCAAUAUAUACAGUAUAUGUGUAUUAGAUAUGAAAAGUGCAAUACAAAUGUCCGUCACGGAUUAGAGAAGAUUAAGGUAAACUUCAAAUCAUUCUCAUCGAGUUUCACCUGAUGAAGCGUUGACAUGACCGGGUGUAGGUGCUACGAGUCUUCACCCGCUGCCCGCUCGCGGCAGCUCGACCAAUGACAGGCCUCCGUGAGGUCAAUAAACACUGACGAAUACAAACAAUGAAAAGCAUUUUUCUGUUCAACGUUUUUAUGGUGAAUUACGUAACGAUCAGAAUACCUUCAUGUGACUCGAUGUUUCUUUGGUGAAAUCUCAUUGUAUAUGUGGUAUUCGAAUUCUGUGUCCUUUUAAGACUCUUGCAAAGUAGGGUAUAUAUUAGAUGAAAAUGACAGAAAAAAAUACUGUAUUUUGCUAAAUACCGAUGAUUUUUACCUGUAUUUUCCUUUUCUUUCUUUUGUGCGCUGAUGUAUCGGAUGUGAUACAUGCACAUUGUAUUAUAAGAUCUAGUCUGAAGAUAACUAAAGCUGAUUUAAAAAAGCAAUCAUUUAAUGUCCUUUCAGUUUGAUUCAGUGAAGAGGUUGAUAUUAAUACUGUAUGUAAGACCUCGGGAUAUUCAACAACGUCAUGUAUUCAUAUCAGAUGUACAUAAAGACUUUAAUCCGAGUAGACUGAUUGUCAUUUUCACCGGUCAUUGAUAUUUAAUUAUUUAUUUCUCAUUUUUCCAUCCACAGUCUUUAAAAGUCUUUAUAGAUUCUGUAGAGAUUGCUGUUUUGUCAUAUCUGUCUUAUCACUUGUUCAGUCUAUUUUUUACAAAAAAUGAGGAAAAAAAUACAUCAUUUUAUACUUGCUUACAUACUUCAAAUUGUAUAUCAUCGUGCAGUUCUGUUUCUCUGAAAUCUUUCAAUAUUUUUUAUUCAUUUUGACAAUACAAACCCCUUAAAGGACAUAAAAGACGUGUUGUUAUGAAUGAAGAUUUCAAUUAAAUAUCAAGAGCCAAACAUUAAAGUUCUGUCAUUUAUUUACUUUCAUGAGAUACAGCAGAUGUUUUGAAGGAUCUUCACGCAGCUCUUCAUCACAGAUAUAUAAAAAUCUAAAUAUAAAAAUAAAGAAUGGAGCGAAACGUAACUUUUCUUCUUCAUGUCUGUCACAUGGUAAGCGGUUACUUUUAGUUAUUGACAUCUAACGCUUUUAAAUAUAAAACAAAGGGUUUUUAUCACAGAAUAACAGCUUCACUUUUGCUUGAUCUCACA